UUUAAUCUCCCUGUUGGGGGGGGAGGAGCGAGCAGUAGCCCGCGGCGACUGGCGGCCCGCAAGAGCAGGUGUGCGGGGCUACAGUGCUGGUCCCCAUCGCUCGCCGCACCAAGCUCUUCCUCUCGCCUCGCCUGCACUCCAGGUCGCCUGUGCCCACCAAGCGGGUGGUGGAAGAAGGCUCCCAUCUUUACCCAGAGCUGCCACCUCGUUGUGGGCGGAAAUCUUAUCAUCAUUUAACGAAUUGAUCGCUAAGCUGCACUUUGCAAAAAAAAAAAAAAAAAAAUCUCACGUCCUCUAAAUGAAAUAAAAUACAUUUACAGUGCGGUUCCAGUCCUAUUGGAUCAAGACCGCUGGUUUAGGACCGAAGAGCCUUCGUCGCCCUGUGGGUGCCCAUCCUUCAGCUCUGCCUGCUGCUGUGGGGCAAAGUGACUCUGAGAAGCCUGCUUGCUCCUGCAGUUAGGGGGUGCGGAGGGGUGUGUCCUCUGAUACGGGAGCUGGGCUGUAUCCUCUUUUGCAGUUACAAAACUCUUGAUGAAACGGGCGGUUCUUCUGAGAACUGUUCACUCUGCCCAACCCAUAGCCAGGGAGCCUUGCUGUGCACAAGGAUCAGUGCUGCUGGAUUGCUGUUUGUGCCUCUUAUUUCUGUGAGGUCUGUCCUUUUGGUUGUAAGAACAAAAGGGGAAGAGAUCUCUAUUGCUUAGAGAGUGACCGAACUGACGACGUAGGGCUGGUAGCAGGCAGAACUCAGCGAGAGAAAAAACGUUCCUACAAGGAUCUGCUUCGGGAAGAGGAGGAGAUAGCUGCUCAAGUCAGGAAGAAUUCAAAGAAAAGGCUGAAGAUAGCCUGAAAAAUAACUCAGAGGUGUGAUCUACCUCAUUCAACUCCUUGGGGAUGUUAGCACAGACAGCUUUUCCUCAAAACAUUCCCCUUUGAGCUGAAAUUGCUCCUGUCAGUCCAGAGGAGAGUGACCUCUUCUUGCUGGGGACAGAAUCUUACAAAAAGAAGAGGAAGCAUUCCUCCAAUGAGUGCUAUUACAGAGACCCAUCAGAGAGAAUUAGCCCUCAUCAGUUAAAACGGACGCUCUGAAAAAUAGAAGUUAGCAUCUAGUAGUCAUAGGAAGCUGCCUUAUACUGAGACAAAGCAUUUGUCCAUCUAGCUCAGUGUCUACAAUGACUGCAGAAGCUCACGAAGGUUUCAGCCUGAAGACUUUCCCAGUCCUACCUCGAGAUGCCAGGAGUUAAAACUGAGACCUUCUGCUACAAAGCAGAUGCUUUACCACUUACAGCCCCAUCCUGGGACCAAAUCUAUCCUGGGGAUCGCUGCUUAAAGCUUCCAGACUGGGUCCACUGGCAUGAGAGACCCUGAAGCUGGUGUUUAGGUGAAGGUAUGUUAGGUAUGUUUGAUAUUGGGUAUGCAUGUACCUCAUUUGAUCCUUCUCCUCUGGAUUCUUCCAGACCUCUCUCCUUUUGAACUAUCCCUGCCUUUGGAAUCAUCUUCAAAGAAGAGGAAGAAAGUAGGGAGUCCACCCUCUACUGACACUGCCAUGGAUCUCCUUAAGGCCAUCACAUCACCUUUGGCCACAGGCUCCAAGUCUUCCAAAAGAUCAUCUGAAAAAUCAUCCCAUUCUUCAUUCUCUGCCUCCAACUAUUCAGAGAGCAAGAAGGAGCACCACAAGAAGAAGCCAAGUGGGAGCAGUAGUGACCUGUCGCUGGAAGAUGGCACUUUCCACAAGUCCAAAAAGAUCAAGCCCCCCUAUAUGAGCACUGAAACAUUGACAUUGUGUGAGCCUGAUGGCUUAAAGAUGAAGCUUAUCCUCUCACCUAAAGAGAAGGGGGGAAGCACAGCAGAAGAGCCCUUUCCACAUUCUGCACCAUCAAUGUUAAAAAAGUCCUCCAAAAAGUCAUCUCGGGAUGAACAAGGCUCAUUCCUUCCAAGUCACGAUAUGCACAGCUUCUUGAAAUCGUCCCGAAAGAAGCACAAACCACCUCCAGACCCACACACCCCUCCAGCUGCUGAGAGCUUUAGCCCAGACACUUCUCUUUUCCCAGAAGGCCAAAGCAACGAGUUUGAGCUUUCGGGCCUAGAACAGCAACUGGAAUCUGGUUCGUCCUCUGGAGGUGAGCUAGAAGCUGGAGAGCUGGUGAUUGACGAUUCAUAUCGGGAGAUCAAAAAGAAGAAGAAAUCAAAGAAAAGUAAGAAGAAAAAGGACAAAGAGAAACACAAAGAAAAGAAACACUCAAAAUCUAAAAAGAGCUCUGGGCUUUCAACUUCAUUGGUGGUGUCAGAAGUCACUGCAUCGCUGCCAGUCUCUCCAAGCAGCACACAGUUUGCUGUUCCUGCACCACCGCCACCUCCUCCAGCCCCUCUUCUUCUUCCUCCUCCUCCUCCUCCUCCUCCUCUUCCUCCACCUCCUCCUCCUCCUGUUUUUCACACAGAUGGCUCAAGUGAGAAGAAGAAGAAGAAAGAAGAAAAAGAGAAGGCUGAGAAAUUGGAGAAAGAAAAGCCAAAGAAGAAGAACAUGUCUGCCUACCAAGUAUUCUGUAAGGAAUAUCGAGUGAACAUUGUGGCUGAUCAUCCAGGGAUAGAUUUUGGUGAACUGAGUAAAAAGUUGGCAGAAGUUUGGAAACAGCUUCCAGAGAAGGAUAAACUAGUUUGGAAGCAGAAAGCUCAGUAUUUGCAACAUAAGCAGAAUAAAGCAGAGGCUACAACAGUGAAAAGGAAAGCAACCUCAUCAGAGGGUGCUCCAAAACUAAAAGCUUCUCUAACAGGAACGCUAUCACCCCAUAAGAAAUCCCCAUCUAGUACUGUAGUGUUAUCUUCCUCACCAGUCAAAGUUCCUGAAACUGAUCCCAUUGAUGUAGCGGCACAUUUGCAAUUGCUGGGAGAAUCCCUAAGUCUCAUUGGCCACAGGUUACAGGAGACAGAGGGGAUGGUGGCUGUAUCAGGAAGCUUGUCAGUGCUACUGGAUUCGAUUAUUUGUGCCCUGGGCCCUUUAGCCUGCCUGACAUCCCAGCUACCUGAACUAAAUGGCUGUCCCAAACAUGUUUUGUCAAACACAUUAGACAACAUUGCCUACAUCAUGCCUGGACUCUGAUUGGGAAAACUAUUCUGGGAAGUGACCUGCUACUGAGUAACUGAUGCGUGUACAUAUGUACUGUACUGGUAUUCUUCAGGGCUUAACCUAUAGAGUUUUAAAUUUUUCUGUCUGUAACAUGUACAGAGUUGUAACUCUUUCACUUGAUUUUAUGAAGAGGUCUGAAGUUGAUAAUCCAUGAUUUAGCUAACUGCUGCUCUAUGACUAGAGUUAUGAAAUCUUUUGAUACAUCAGCCUUAACAUGGAAGACAAAAAAAUAAUGAAAUUGGUUUAACUUUGGAACACAAGUUAGGGCAAAACAAGUGUCAUAGACACAUGGCCACUCCCUUUUCUAACAAUGUUUUAGCUAAAUUUUGCUUCUCUGAGAGAAGUCCAUUGGAUAGAGAAGGCCACUGGCUAAAAUGCUGGCAUGCACGUUGUUUAAAAGUAAUGCUGGGAAAGAACGUUGGUUUCUUUCCUUAGGACUUGUGCUGGCACCAGUAGUCCUCAGCAAUGAUAUUGAAGACUACUGGUGCCAGCACAAGUCCUCAAGGAAGAAAUUAUUGAAUCUCUGCCCCUAAGUGUGGGGGCUAAAUGCAGAAUAAGAUGUGGGGAAGAGCUUCUUCCCGAAUCCUUAGGAGAAACAAUGGUCUGUUGGUGUGGAUGAGCAGUAAAAUGUGGUAGAAACAUUCAUUGCUUCUUCCCAUUUUGUAAUUACUCUGUGAAUUGUAGAAUGUACCAUUGUUUAUCACCAGCAGUAAAUGGACAUGAUCCUCUUGUCAUGGUGCUGAUGUAUAUAUUUUAGAGGCAGUGAUUAAGGUGACAUUUAAGGGCUUAUUGCUGAGAGGGAGACACUGAUUGGACAGAUCCUAUAUUCCAGACACAGGGUUUCGUGUCCUGGGUGCCUGAUCCUCUUUGGGGAAGCACUUUGUUCUCACAUGGGCUUAAGUAUGGCAUAUAUUGUUUUAAUCAUGUGUAUUUGCAUUUGCAGAUUGUGUGUAGUGGCUUAAUUUAUAUUGUAUAUUUCUGUACAUACAUUUCUUUCCACUAACAAUGUGUAAGAAAACAUGAACUAGUAUUAUCACCUGGAUACCCUGACAGAAUUGAGCUCUAUCUGUAUUAUCAAGCAUAGAUUCAAAAUGAGAGGAAAUAGCAAUGGGAUUCUUGAUGGAAACAGAAGUGGAAAAAUCUGUGGCCCAAGACCCCUUGCCGUUUAGAAGCUGAGUAUUUUAAAAUGUGGCAGAAAGCAGGCUAAUUCUGCUCUCUCUUUCCAGGCACCUAGCAAAGCAAUAUUUAAGUAUAUAAAAACAGUUUCCACCAUUUUUUCUUCUUCACAGCAUUUAGAUAGCAGAAGCCUUCUCUUUCCCUCCAGUAAAUCCAAGAGGCCAAGCUAGUCUGUAAACAAAUCCAUGUGCUAGAGGCUCUCCAGUUGGACUACAGAUUCCACCAUCCUCCACUACCACAAUUUAUUAUGGCAUGAGAUUAUGGGAGUUGCAGUCACUAACAGCUGGAGAACCUCUGGUUGGCCACUCCUCGGCUAGUAUCUUGGUUUUUAAAGAGCCUAUUUAAACCCAAUCCUAUUUGUCUGAGCAGUGUCUGAAGCAACAUGGGGGGUAGGGGAGAUUCCUGGUGAUCCUCUUUAAACUGGGACAGUUAUCAGAAUCUUUAUUGCUAAAGGACACUUGGAAGACUGGGCUUAGAUGCCAGAUUUUAAUUAUGGAGAGACAUAAUAUGUCGAUCUCAGAUGAAACAAAGGGGAUCUGCUUCAGUUUUGCCAUCUGCACUGUGGCAAACUUGAAGUUUUUAAACACACGCAAAAACUAUUCCUGUACUUUUUAUUUAAAAUUUGUACACAUUUGUAUAAUCUGUAACUUGUGGCGUUUAGUACUGAAGAGCUGUGGACUUAGACCCUAGCAAUUUUUUACAUUUGUUAUCUCCUGCUUCUUAGUUCAAAUUGCUUGUAUAAAUUUUUGCUAAUGUAUAUAUAAACUUUAUUUAAAAAACUGAAA